AUGAUGCCGGGACUUUCCCUUGAUCAACUUCUCUUUGUGAGGCACUUCAAUGGUUACAUUGCAUGGGCUAAUCUUCGUGGCGGAGGUGAAUACGGCGAAAAUUGGCAUCGGGCUGGAAUGAGAGAGAAAAAGCAGAACGUUUUCGAUGAUUUCAUUGCAGCAGCCGAAUAUUUGAUGAGGAACAACUACACGAAUAGUCGAAGGCUGGCUAUAGAGGGUGGCUCAAAUGGUGGAUUACUGGUCGCAGCAUGUUCGCAGCAACGUCCCGAGCUGUAUGGUGCCGUUAUAAACCAAUAUGGGUAG